AUGGCCAUAGUUGAAUUACGUCAACUGCGUGCUCAAGAAGGCAUUAUUAAAAUUUUGAAAGCACGUAAACGCCUACAUCAUAAUGAAUUGUAUCAAGAAUUAGUGGAUCUAUUAAGAUUUCAAUUUGUCCCAUCGAAAAGACUCAUCAAAGAAGUCCUUGAAUGGUUGAUUGAUAAACGGUAUGUUCGACGAGACGAUAAUGAUAUGAAUAUAUUUGUAUAUGUAACUUGA